AUGUGUGAACAGGAAGUGCUGCUCAUCUCAUCAGACAGGAAGUGGUGCGACUCAGCUACAGAUACUUUCCACCUCUCACUUGUGUCAAACUUUGUCCCACAUCGAUGCCACGCUAUGAACCUGCGCCAGUUUUCUUUGUGGUUCGGGAGCUUCACCAACUUGUCGUUCCGCCGCUCUGGAAGGAGCAGUGUCUCUGAUGAGGACAAACCAGAAGAGACCGCAGUGGUGGACAACCUGGAGGCCACUCGUCCACAAACAUCUAGCUAUGUGAGGUCCAGCAAUGGCUACAGUCAUAUGGGCACACUGCCACGACAGCUCUGGAAGAAGAGACACAAGAGUUAUACAGAGAGCCCCAACAGCAACAAGAUGACGAAAGACAAUUGUAGCCCAGACCCCUGCCCUGAAAAGAGCACAAACAGACCCUCAACAGAGACCCCCAGAGCAGAGGAGGAGAGGCCGGCAGAAAAGCCCGGAGCAGACCCUCAACACAAUCUAAACACACCGACAGAAGACUCAGCACGAAUGAAACCCACAGACCUCCAACAAGCCACUUCUGAAGCUGUGUCUGAGACGUGCGCGCCCCCUCGUGGCUGCAGUGCAGACGUGCAACCACACACAUGCACAAUAAACGAUGAAGAAGAUAAGAAAGAGCUUGACGUGAAAAUAUCUAUCGCAGCCAGUAACAUAUGUGGUGUGAAGAACCGGACAGCGAUCGAGCAGUCAUGUCAAGAGGAGAGAUAUGCAAGCUCCAUGGAGUCUAGAGAGUGUCAGCCAGAAUAUGUGACUGUGAGUACUCUUUGCCUAUUUGAUUGA